AUCUACACCUGGCUGACUUCAGAAUUCUUAGUGCUGGGUUUUUAAUUUUUUUUAAAAGUAACCUGGACGGAUAAAAGAUGUGCCAUGGCAGGAUAGCACCAAAGAGCACCUCAACGUUUGCCGUAUCCUGUGUGGGAUAUGGAUCAUUCUUCCCACUGGUGAUCCUCAGUACCCUCCUCGGAGUGGGACAUGCCUCAGUGUGUUCCCUGCCCCCAGAGCCUGAGAAUGGUGGCUACAUCUGCCACCCCCGGCCAUGCAGAGAUCCCCUGAAUUCGGGCAGUGUCAUCGAGUACCUGUGUGCUGAGGGCUACAUGCUGAAAAGCGAUUACAAAUACCUGACCUGUAAGAACGGUGAAUGGAAACCAAACAUGGAGAUUAGCUGCCGUCUCAACGAGGACAAAGAUGCCCACACGUCCCUCGGUGUCCCUACGCUGUCCAUAGUGGCUUCUACUGCAAGCUCCGUGGCGCUCAUUCUCCUCCUCGUUGUGCUAUUUGUGCUCCUGCAGCCGAAGCUGAAGUCCUUUCAUCACAGCAGACGAGACCAGGGGGUGUCUGGGGACCAAGUCUCGAUCAUGGUGGAUGGAGUUCAGGUUGCUCUGCCGUCAUAUGAGGAAGCUGUCUAUGGCAGUUCCGGCCACUGCGUGCCGCCGGCUGACCCCAGAGUGCAGAUUGUGCUGUCAGAGGGGUCUGGGCCCAGCGGAAGGAAUGUGCCAAGGGAGCAGCAGCUGCAGGAACCGGGCGCCUGCUCCUCUGCAGGCGGAGACGAGGAGACCCCGGGCCAGUCUGGACUCUGUGAAGCCUGGGGAUCUCGGGGCUCAGAGACUGUGAUGGUGCAUCAGGCGGCCACCUCCUCCUGGGUGGCCGGCUCAGGGAACAGCCGACCAGCACACAAAGAAGUCCCAGAUUCAGAGAAUAGUGACAUACAAAGCCUUUUAUCCCUCACAUCCGAGGACUACACAGAUGAUAUCCCGCUGUUGAAAGAAGCGUGAGGGCUGUCAGCCGGCCACUCCUCUGCCCCUCCUCCCUCUCCCUGCGGGUCUGAUUACCCUGUACUCUAGCCACCUUCUCUGGAUGCCUGAGCUGCCGCCUCCACAUUUGUCUAUCUGUGCAUUGCAGAGGCCUGCAGGCCCACCUUGCUGGACACCCCAGGAAGAUUCUCACCAUCUGCCUGCUGGACAGCUAGAGGCCCUGGCUCCUUGCCUGGCCCAGCCUUCCCAUCUGUGUCGGGGAUGUGUCUGAAUGUGCUGGAUGAGCCCUUCUUUUCCCUCAGCCCUCUGGGUCCCCUCCAGCCAGCUCUCAGCAGCAGUCCCCUCCAGCCCACAUGGGCCUGCGAGCCACUGUGUUUACUUGUGCCUUUCCCCCCUGACCCUGUCCUGUCUCUGCACCAUGCAAGGCUGGUUGCCUUCUGACAAGCCUUAAUGGCUGCAUUGCUUCCCCCUGCCUCUCAGCCAGGCCAGUUUCCUUUUCACCUGGCGCCCACCACCCUCACCGGAAGCAGAGCCAGGAGGGAGAACUCUGAGCUGGAGUUUCCAGAGUCGGGGCAGAUGUGAGGGCCUCACGGGCUUGCCUUGGUAGCACAUUGCCUGGGUCGAGGGCAGAGUCAUCAAAGUUCAGAUCAGAGCUGCCCCAGCUCCUGCUCCCUGGGCUUAGGGAUGCUGGGCCCAGGCUCUGUGGAAUCCCCAAGGAAAGUAGAAGCUCCUGAGAGAGGGAAGGAUGGUGCCUGGCUGACUACGACUCUUCCAAACAUGCAAGUUCUCACUUCUCCCUAGCCUGGGCGUUUUCUGUCUCCCCGGAACACAAGGGGUCUUGUGGGGUCUGCCCACAGAGGCCUGUUGACCAACAGCAGCUGGGUCUGGAGAACUGCUGAGAUGCCCCCCCCCCCAGAAUAUACCCACGUGGGGCCCUGGCAGUCAGGGAAGGUGGGGAGGGAGGCACACCCCGAGUCCCCAGACAGCUGCCGGCAGCUCGAGCCCCGCCUCUCCCCCAGUCUGUGCCUUAGUCCUUGUGCCCAGGAAGCGCCCUGCUUGCUGUGCCGCCGCUGCUGCUGCUGCUGAUGCUCUGCUGCUGACCCCAUUCUGCUCGGCCCCGGCCCCACUCCGCAUGUCGCUGCUACUGCUGUCACAGGCUUCCUUGUCUUCCGGCCCAGCCUCAAGAGGCCGUUCACAGGCGCGCCACUUGCUGCCCAGG